AGCCCCUCUCUCCCCUCAGGGACCUGCUGGAGGCCACCCCGUCCCCGGUGGUCUUCUGCCACAACGACGUGCAGGAGGGGAACAUCCUGCUCCUGGCGGGGCGCGAGGGCUCCUCGGAGCGGCUCAUGCUCAUCGACUUCGAGUACAGCAGCUACAACUACCGGGGCUUUGACCUGGGCAAUCACUUCUGCGAGUGGGUGUACAGCUACAGCCACGAGCGCUGGCCCUGCUUCCAGGCACAGCCCGAGCACUACCCCAGCCGCCAGCAGCAGGUCUGGGGGCCGGGGGUCCUGGGGGGGUCCCUGGGGCUUUGGGGGUUUCUGUUCCAUUUUGGGGGUGUCUGUGCCACUUUUGGGGUGCUCUGUGCCCUCCUUUGGGGCUUCACCCUGGCCUCUCACUUCUUCUGGGGGCUCUGGUCCGUGGUGCAGGCCAAGAUCUCCACCAUCCACUUCGGGUACCUGGAUUACGCCCAGAGCCGUUUCCAGGCCUAUUUCCAGCACAAGGCUCGCUGCUCCUGAGGGGAUCCCCCAAAUCCUGCCCCCCCCGGGCUUUGGGGGGGGCGUUGGGACGGUUGGGGGGGUUUGUAACGGUUUGGGGGGGCCCCACAACGGUUUGGGGGGGGCUGAGCCCCGGGACCCCCCCCCCGCACCCCGGGACUCGGCAGCAGAGGUGGGUGGGACCCCCCGAGAAGGGUGGGAUUUGGGGUGGGGGCUCUGGGGACCCCCAGAUCCGCACUCCUGGCCAGUAACGGGGGUUUGGGGCGGUUUUGGGGUGUCGCAGAGGGGGUGCGGGACCCCUGUUUGUGGCUCAGUGCCCCCCCGCGCCCCCCGCCCGCAGCUCUGGGGCCGGGGGGCUCCCGGGGUCCCCCCGUUUCGACGGCAGAAUGUAAAACUCAGACCAAUAAAGCCGCGCUGGGGCCGG